UUUUUUUAUCAAUAGUUUUUCAAUUUUCAUGAUACAAUUUGUAAUUUAAUGAAUUUUGAAACCUGAAUCUGUAAUAAUUCAUAUUAAAAAGUCAUAUUUCUUCGCAUUAAUCCAUGCCGUACCUGAAUCAUUCAUUUGAAUGAUAUAGUGUUUUGAAAAAUUACCAUCAUCGUGAUAGUUCAACCAUCUUGAGAAGUAACCCUCUUCAAGAUUCAUUGUAAAAUAGAAAAAAGGUUGCCUUAUCUGAUACUGUGAUGUCAUCGUCAUUCCAAACCAAUGAAGAGAUCGUUGACGAUCUUACGAAAGAUUUGAAACACUGUAAUUUGAUUUCGAAGCAGCCUGCUGCCGAUGAAGAAAUCGUUGAUGAUCUUACCAAAGAUUUGAAUCAGUGUAGUAUUAAUUCAAAGCAGCCUACUGCCAAAGAAGAAAUCCUCGAUGAUCUUACCAAAGAUUUGAGUCAGUGUAGUAUCGAUUCGAAGCAGCCUGCUGAAUCAUCAGAAAAGCUCGAAGAUGAACCCGAACACAGCUUUAAUUCACUGGAGGAAGAAGAAGAAAACGAUAAUAAACCCACGACCAACGCUGAAGAAAACGAAGAAGAAAUAAUCGACGAAGAAAGUUUACAGGAAAGAGAUGCUCAUUUGAGUACCGAAGAGAAAGAAAAUUUUUUGCAAGAAGCUUUGAAAUAUAAAAAUGAUGGAAACACACAGUUCAAAGAAGGUGACUACCUCGAGUCAAUAAUCACAUACACCAAAGGUUUAAGAUUAUGUCCAUUAUCGUAUACUAAUGAUCGGUCAAUAUUGUUCGCGAAUCGAGCAGCUUCUAAACAGAAAUUAGGAAGAAAAGAAUCAGCCAUUCAAGAUUGUACCAAAGCUGUUGAAUUAAAUUCCAGUUACUUGAGAGCAAUUUUGAGACGAGCUGUUUUAUACGAAGAAACAGAAAAAUUAGACGAGUCUUUAGAAGAUUACAAGAAAGUUUUGGAAUUGGAUCCUACGAAUAAAGAAGCCUAUGCUGCCACAUUGAAAUUACCAAGUCAAAUUAACGAAAGGAAUGAAAAAAUGAAAGCUGAAAUGAUGGAUAAAUUGAAAGAUCUCGGAAAUAUGGUGCUCAGACCAUUCGGCCUAUCAACCAAUAACUUUCAAAUGGUUAAGGAUCCAAAUACAGGCGGAUAUUCUAUAAAUUUCGUUCAAAAUCGAUAAAUUAUUCCUGCUAUUUUUUUCCCCAUUCUUAAUCUUAUUUUUUAUUACGUUAAAUUCGGUUUUUAUGUUCUUUUAAAAAUAAAUUUUCUCAAACGUU